ACAAGUAGAAAGAGCUUCAAGUGCGAGGACGCGUUCAGAGACAGCGGCGGGAGCCCGACAGACGCACGCGUUAUGGACUACUGCUGACCGGAGCCACAGAGACGCACAGAGACGCACAAACCCGCACCGCCACCGCAGCAGCAGCACCGCCAACCACCGUCCCAGCGCACACCUGCAGACUUCACGCACUUUUGCACCUUUUAUUUCUACUUUCUAGCGCGUAAGAGUCAAGACAGAAAGUUAUUCGAGCCCAGAACCAGCGUGCGUAAAAAUGAAACUGUUGCUCUUGCCACUUUUGAUGGCCGUUUUUGCCUCAUCUGAAGUUUACGGCGAGGAGAGCAGCCCCAGAGAAGAUGCGGACUUCUGGACGAGCAAUAAUCAGAUACAGGACGGCUGGAUUUCGAACCCGUACCCCUUCAGAGAAAUACUAAUGCGGAUGACCAGGAAGCCACGGCCGCAUCAGUUCAUCGGGCUGAUGGGAAAACGAUCCAUGGCGGCAAACGCACAGAUCACCCACAAAAGGCAUAAAAUCAACUCUUUCGUUGGUUUAAUGGGCAAACGGAGUGAAGAAGAACCAGAUUCUUAUGAAUGGAGCACAAUACAAAGUUACGACAAACGGCGCUAAAGCCCGUUCCUCCUCCACCGUGCGUCUCAUCUCACCAUCGCUCACAUGUGGGAGGGGGUCGGCCGUUUUGUUUUCUCCAGCCUGUGCAUAGGUGUUUGUCGAUGAAAAAGAUUCUGUUUACACUCGUGAUGUAGCAGUGCUGUACCUGUGCUGAUCUUUAUUUGUCCCACACACAAAUCUGGAAAGGAAAAUCACAUUUAGACAGUUCAGAUCAGACAGUGGUGGAGGAAGGGUUUUGUUACGGAAGUAAAAGUACAGACGCAGAAUCCGUGUGUCGUUCGUUUGUUUGUUUUUCAAAAUAAAAACAAAAAUAAAAAACAAAACAAAAAAGAGCUGUUUGCUUCAUUAUUUGUCUCCAAAAUCAAAAUGAAAAAAUGGUUAAUGGUUUUUCAGUUUUCGAGUUUGUGUUUAAAUGAAGAAUGGAAAAAAACGUUUGUGUCGCAUACGGACUGAUCCAAGACUGAACCAAGACUGAUCCAGAACUGAUCCAGGACUGAGACCGGGACUGAGACCGGGAUCUGGUUAAGUCCUGGUUCAGUCCUGGUUUAGACCUGGUUCAGUCCUGGUUUAGUCCAGGUUUAGACCUGGUCCAAUCCUGGUUUAGACCUGGUUUAGUCCUUGUUUAGUCCUGGUUUAGACCUGAUUUAGUCCUAGUUUAGACCUGGUUUAGUCCUGGUUCAGUCCUGGUUUAGACCUGGUUUCAUCCUGUUUUAGUCCUGGGAUCAGUCCUGAUUCAGUCCUAGUCCUGGUUCCAGUCUGGUCCCGGUCUCAGUACUGAUCAGUCUAACCCGGCGCACCUCUGGGCCCGUCCCGACACUCCUGGUUUAGUCCUGGUUUAGUCCUGGUUCAGUCCAUAUGCGGCGCAAAAGUUCAACAUCACAGUUUAAGUCACGGAAAUGGGAAAUGGCGUUAUCCGUUUUUUCCAUUUUUCAUUUAAACACAAAAUCAAAAAGUGAAAAAACAAACCAUUAUCCAUUUUUUUCAUUUUAGUUUUGGAGACAAAUAAUGAAGAAAAUCGUUGUUUUUUUUGUUUUUUUUUUUUAUUUUCUUAUUUUUAGUUUUAUUUUGAAAAACAAAUGAACGAAUGAUACACGGAUUAUUCAAAAGAUUAAUCAAGUACAAGUGAAAGUAUCACAUGUAAAAAUCUACUUAAAGGUGCACUGCGUAACUUUUUAGGUUGGGCGUCCUGUUCGUUACCAUGGAGAUGCUGCUGCUUUGCCUAAAAUGUUCCACAGUGUUGUUUUAAACUUAUAUAAGAAGCUUUUAUUCAACUCUGGGUGUUUUUAUAGCUCAAAAAUACAUUUAAAAACAUGUAUCUUACUGUGAGUGGGGUCGCCUUUUCACAGAUCUGACCCGUAAACUGCUUCCUGUUUGUUUCUAUGGAGACUGAAAGGUUUAAUGCCAUACUUUGGUAUAUUUUAGGUAAAGCAAUCAUCUCUAUGAACACAAGUAAACCAGAAAAAGCACCUUUAAGUAAAAAUUUGAAGUAGAAAAUGUGCUUUAAGAGUAAAAUUAAAAGGUAUUUUGCUCAGAUUUUUAGAAUAAUUUAAGAAAAUAAAUUAAUAAAGUUAUUUUCUUUUUAUUUUAUUCUUUUUUUGUGGAUUUUAGUGGAAGUUAAAUGUGCUAAAAAGAAAUUUCAGAAAGUCUCAAACCAUAAAGAAAAACGUUUUGCUUUUCGGUCCAGAUUUAAAAAGUAGUAGAGUAGAAAGUACAAAUACCUGUUCUCAAAUGUUGUGAAGUAAAAGUACAAAGCAUCCACUGUAAAAUGUACUUAAGUAAAGUACAUAUACCUGUUCUCAAAUGUAGUGAAGUAAAAGUACAAAGUAUCCACUGUAAAAUGUACUUAAGUAAAGUACACAUACCUAAAAAUUGUACUUGAAUCUUGUACUUUAACUUUUGUACUUCAUUACCUUCCACCACUGCAGUAGCACCAUGAUAAUUACUAUUUACGUUUACUUCAGUAUAUUACAAAUAAAACAAUAUUUUUGGGGGGUCAGUAUUUUUUGUGUACUUUUUUUGUAGUAGUGGAAAUUUUUGGUAAUUUUUUCUGCAAUAUGAUAAAAAUUUGAGCUAUAGAAGGUUGAAUUAUGAACUAAAAUCACAAACACAAACGACUUAAAGGUGCACUGUGUAACUUUUCUUGCAUUUGCUUGCCUCCGUGGUGAUGUUAUUGCUUUGCCUGGGAUGUUCCGCAGUACGGCAUAAAAAAAAAAAUCUCGUAUUUAUUCAAUUACGAGUUUUUUAGAGCUAAAAACGACCGCAAAAACUUACAUUAUUGCCAUGAUUGGGCGCAUUUCUCCACAGAUCUGACCAGUAACUUGGCCUGGUGUUUCCAUGGAGAUAGUUAGAUGAAAUGCCAGAAACAAUAACAUCUAUGUGGAGUCAAAAAAGUUACGCAAUGCAGCUUUAAACUGUUUAUUUACACAGCACAACGAUAUUUAAAGGUGCGUUGCGUAACGUCCGUCAAACGCUUUUCUCCAUGGAGUUUUCUGGAAUAUUUUUGUCUGGAAUGUUCCACAGUAUGGGUUUAAACCUUUCUAUCUCCAUGGAAACCAAACCAGAUCAUAUUACAGGUCAGAUCUAUGGAGAGGCGACCCCACUCACAGUCAGAAUGCCUGUUUUUCUAGGUAUUUUUGAGCCAUAAAACCACCUGUAAACGAAUAAACGCAAGGCAGAUCUGAUUAAAGUCAUACUGAGGAACAUUCCAGACAGAGCAAUGAUACACUCAACCAAAAAAGUUACACAAUUCACCUUUAACAACAUCUUACAUUUAGAAUACUUUCAUUUAGAGUGUUCCAAAUUGGUUUUCGUGACAGGUUUACUGAAAGUACGAUGUAAAAAUAAAAAAAGGUACAGUGUCAUUUAUUUGAUGUUAGUUUCUGUGACGAUUUUUUGGCCCAUUAUAUUUGUUGUUGUGGACCAUCCAAGCAAGGCCGUACCUCGGGGUCUGGAGAACACUGCACUGCCAAAGUCACAGUCUAGUGCCUCAUAAGAGUUCGGUGAUAAUUGUCCAGUAGAGUCCCAAACACGUCUAGAGAAUUAAGGCUUUUAAGUGACUUUUCUUGGCGCUGUCAUUCUAACCUCACAGGCCCAUGAUUUCUGUGUGUUAUUAUCAGUGGUGGGACAAAUAUUAAAAUUAUUUUCUUUACCUGUUCAA